AUGGAGGGGAUGCUUGAAUCGCACUUUACUUGUGUCAUCUAUACCACAGUAACCCUAGGUGUCAAACAGUCUUCUUGCUGUGGAACGUCACUGUGUGCCAGCUUUGUGACCAAGACUAAGGGCGACUCAUGUUGCAGGUGUCGCAAUACGACGUUUGUCAUGUUCAAGAACCGCGCCAUACACGAGGUGCUCGAAACUUGUCGUCGGACGUGCGCAGAGUGCAAGGUUGAGCUCAACAUUAUUGCGUUCAAACGCCACCUGUGCCAGGCCCAACUCGACCAGCUGCCGACUAUAAAACUGCCCGCCGAUUAUGAGUCCCUGCUGCGCGGUUCAUCAUACAAGUGUACGGUAACCAAGCCCCGUGAAUCUCUUGAUGGCGAGCAGAUCUUCAUUGGACAAGUGUCUGCCACUGUACACUCCACAUGUGAUGGCGAUGGGGUGGCGAUAGUGUAUCUACAAGAAAACGAGAAGUACGCGAGACUAUCUUUACACGCGGCCAAUCAUCUCGUGGUUGAGCGCCAGGAAGCCGAGAAAAAGGCUUGUGAGAACGUGCGACGGGCCGAGACCGCAGAAUUGGAGUUCAUGUUUGGUCCCUUGGAUGAUGAUCGAGUGUUUGCAUUUGAGAGUAGUGAUGAGUCGGACAUCGAGUCGGUAAGCUCCAGCGGUCUUCCAUUUGUACCUCCUGCAUUUGCAGUGUGGACCGCAAUGACGGUCGCCAACAUGAGUCACGAAGAGAGACAAAUGUACAAUUGCGUCCUGAACGAUGAUGCGCUGGCAGCGGUGCUUCCCAGACGCAGCCGCCGCACAGGUGUGAGAUGGAAGUUGGUUGCAAUCCAUCGAUGCCAUUCAGAUCGUCGACACUAUAUUGCACCGUUCCACGCUGACCAUUUGCAUGUACGCGUACUGUCGUCGCGCAAUGUCAAGACGCGACGACAGUUGGUCCCCCAAGACUUUCUGUAA